AGGUAAUUCUUGUAUUUCACUAAAGCAGGUAUUAUACAAAAUACAAAAAUUAACAAUGUUUACCAACAUUAGUGCAAUUUUGUUAUGUUGUUUUGCUGUAACGUCCAAUAUAAACACUGUUGAAUCGGCGGGUAACCAGAUUGUUCCUGUACGAUUUUUCACUCAAACAUCUAGUGAACUCUAUAUACGCACCUUAAAUAAUUUGAAAACAUUCAACAAACACCCAAUAAGUAUUAAACCCGCAGAACAAGAAGUGUUGUCAACACGUAAUUGGGGCACAUUUAAAGACUACCAAUUCAAAUUAAAAAGCCGGGAUAAAUUAGAGAAAAAAGCCAAAGACAUAAAAUGUACUUUUUGUUUAAUUGCAAAGUCAAACAUUUCAUACAUGAAGAAUUUGGUAGAAAAGUUGAAAAGUGGAGAGCCUUUAGGUGUUAACGAGGAAACUGUGAGAAAAUUUAAAACGGAAGCCGCAAUUAUACUUCACUUAUUACUGUUGUCAGAUUUGGCGACGAGCAAAUGGAUUUGGAGUUAUUAUUUGAAAAUCGUUGCCAUCAGUCAAUACGAUGACAACAAACGUUUUAUCCACGAAAACCCAUUCGAAGACGUCCAACUACAAUCAGGCGUUUCAGAUUUCAUCGAAAAUUGUAUAGCUGAAGAAUACCUUCCUAAGACUGCAAUAGAGUCUGAUUUGAUUUCGAAAAAGCCGAAAAUUCACAAAAAUAUGUUCCACGAUCUACGCGGCUCUGGACUGUUUUUUGGUAUUUUGGGCGGCCGUGCCUAUUUGGGCACCAUAGAAUUUUUAUACCUAAAACCGUUUUGGGACGACAGAAAUCAAAUAUUGUUCAGACAAAUAGCAGAAGUCAAUGUCGAUUGGAGUAAUGCGAAAAAACGACAUAAGCUCGAGGUAGCUAUUACCAGAGAAUUUGUAGAAAAUCGCACUUGGAUGUAUAAACCGUACGGUCGCCUCGACCAUCAACACUUGUUGGUCAAAAUUAUCGAUGCUAGAUUUUAUUGUUGCUGUUCGGUUGUACUGCAUGUUUAUGAAAAACAAUUAUCCACACGAGCACUGGGCGGACAGACACUAAAAGACAUCAAACAACUUAUUUAUAAGUUUAUCCAAGACGCAAUGGACUUGACAGCAUUCAAAGAUGACUUUCUUGUGGUUAUUAUAUCGGAAUUUAGGUUUGCAAAAAUAAGCGACGUCAACGACAUAAGAGACAUUUUGACAAGAGUCAGGGCGAAGGCCAACGAGAUCCUUAUCGAAUUAGGCGUUAGUACAAAGGAAAUCGAUUGGCUCAGUCUCAAGCUUAACGAAAACCAACUGACUUCCGCCGAUUGGAUUACAAGAGUCAUCACGAAUUUUAAAGACUAUUUUAACGAAUUAAAAGGCUUCUUCUUGCCAUUCGAAUGUAGAGUGCUUUUGCAUUUUGUGGACGAUGUUAAAUUGUCGAUUGCUCAAUAUAUUUACUUUUGAACUCAUUGCUCGAUGUACCUACAUAAUUUUAUUGUAAAGAAAUAAAAGAAAACGUCUCCAUAUUAUACGAUUAAGAUUUAGAUAGUAAAAUAUUUAAAUGUUCCAAAUUAAAAAGAAAUUAUGUGAAACUGAGAGCAAUCAUGUUUUGUUGUUCCGU